CGCAUGCAGCAGCCCCACGGUGCAUCCAGCACAUCGCAUCCACACCCACAACCUGUCCCCUGCACCUGCAUGCAAACAGCAGCAGCAGCAGCAACAAGAGCAGCAGCAGCAGCAGCGGCAAGAGCAGCAGCAGCAGCAGAAGGAGCAAGAUCAGCGGCAGGAGCAGUACCAGCAAGAGAAGCAACAGCAAGAGCAGCAGAAACAGCAGCAACAGCAACAACAGCAACAGCAACAGCAGCAACAGAAGCAGCAGCAGCAGCAGCAGCAGCAACAGCAGCAGCAGCAACAGCAGAAGCAGCAACAGCAGCAACGGGAAAAGGAAGGGGUGUUUACUCUUCCACAUGGCCGGGAUAUGUGA